CCAGACUGGCCAGGAUAAGAAUAUCCAAAUCCAGCGCCAGCGCCUUUCUGCACAACAAAUGCAACGGCCUGCUCAACGAACUGCUAGAGCUGACGAAGAGGAUGAUCAGAAGCUGAAUAAGUCAACGUCUCUGUUAGAGAGCCAACACCACCACCUACUGAACUGUCUGGAGAAAACCACUGCUCAUGAGUUUGUAGACGAGCAGAUAUACGAGCAGAACUGUUUGGACACGGCGCUGCAGAGCUACCACUCACGCAGCCCGUCUGUAUCCAGCAACGACGAAUCUGUGGGCACCUGCUGUGGCUGCAGGACAAAGAAAAACACUCCUCUGCCCUGCAGCCCCCCCGUCCCCACACAGCAGAGCCCCCUGCAGGAGCUCAGUGCCUUCCACAUAGGCUCUGGAGGGUCCCACACCACCAGUCGAUCAAAGCUCAACCUGAAAACGAAUGACAGCGUCAGGAUCAACUGUAAAGGAGAACGUAUCACCACAGCGAUCAUCAGCCUCCCGUCCCCUCCCUCUUUAAACCCCGAUGCUGCCGGCCUCCGCGGGCCCCCACAGAGGAGGCCCCCCCCGCCCCCUGGUCACCCUGCAGCGCCGAGCAUCCAGACCACAGCAAGCUCAGCUGGAAUCAACAUCUUCAAAGUGUCCGCUCUGUAACUCUCUGACAGGGGUAACUCAUCUCAGCUGGAGGAAAGAAGCGGGGAGGAGGAGGAGGCGAAGCAGGUCAUACUAACUCUAAUGACCCUGUGAGACGGGACGUGGUGCGUCAACAGGAGGAGGAGCUGUACUCCAGAGGAGCUUUAGAGAAGCAGAUGAUGUGCAGACAAUACUGAGGUACAGGAUUGUAUAUGUGAAUUGAAAAAAAAUAGUCACUGCAUUUCUAAUAGUUUCUAACAGCAGUACAUAUGUUUGACAGCAGGCAGUGUGGAAAAGAUUGAAAGACAUUUUGCAGUUAGCUUAUCUGUACAUCAGCAUAUGCUGUCAACGUACCACAAAUUCACGGUAACAUUUUAAGUGGAUAUACCGUGAAACUGUAAAGGUAUUUCAAAUGUGUUUAAAGAAAGAUGCAGAAACGUUUUUAAAUGUGUUUACUUGAAUUUGAUUGGUCCUGUUUGUGUUACGUGUUGUUUGUCUCAAGUAUUUUGAGGAAAAAAAACGAUUACACUUUUAGGUUGCUUUACAGCAUCAUGUGCAAAGUCACGGUACGAUGCUGCUGAUAUGUGAGCUUGAUGUGUCUAAAAGAGAAAAGAGAUGGGGCCAUUUCUUAAAUGUCAAUGUCUGACUUGAGUUUGAGGCUGACCUGAUACUGUCUUCAUACCUUAAAGGGUUUCCUAAUGAGGUUAAACGUUUCAACAUGAUACCACACAAUUACUUUCAAGGAUGAUGAUUAAAAAGAAAAAGGCCAACAAUGAAAAAAACAAAAACCAUCGAUGUGUUAGUCUGUCUCAAACUUCUGACCUCUUCUCUGUGGCACUCAAGAUUAUUUGUUACUACUAAAGACAAAAUUAGAAAAGGUACAAUAGCAAAAAAAAACUUGGCACUGAAGUUGGAUACAUCUCAAGAUUACCACAGAGCAACAGAGUGGUCUUUAUGGGAAAGCAUCAGUGUCCAUGUUCACUGUAAUUCAACAGCAUGUCAUCCAGUGUAGAUUUCUGACGUGUGUUUAUAGAGGAUACAAAGGAAUAAGCUUAUAUCAGGCUUCGGCCUAUGAAAAAUAUUGAAUAUUUACAGCCAUAUCCCUUAAAUGCAUACGGUACAUUUCUACCAAACGAGUACAUGAUCCUGUUUGUAUAAAUGUGCUUUUAGUAGUGUGGAAUAAUUAAAUCUGCAGCUGCUGCGCUGCCUCUACCCGUUGAGUGUUGUACGCUGAGGGGACAUGAGAAAAUUAUAAUGUGUGUAUUCAUUAUGAGCACGAGUGGGCAUUUUAGGUAAUGAAUGCAAAAAAGGUUGAGCACCACUCUCAUUUCAAGCAGCAUCUGCUGAACAUUACAGGGAGGUCAACUCAUGAUCAAUCCAUGUUUUUCAAGCUUCAAAGCCACACUAAAAGAAAGCAGAUUGUUUACAAAAAGUUACAACAAGGUUACAUAUGUAAAUAUAAAAGUGUAUCUGGGGCAUCUGAUGACUUAAAGCAGAAAUGUGAAUGCGCAAAUUGGCUGUACCAUGUUGUGUAUUGAGUUAAACUGUCAAGGAAGAGAUGAUAUUUCACUGCAGUGGGUUCAGGAGAUGUAAGCUAAACUACCAGAAAUAAAGUAUUACAUUUAUUUCAAAACUUAAAGUAUUAAAAUGUACAGGAAGUAAAUGUGCUAGUUUGAAAGAAUAAUCCAAAUCGGAAGUCCCUUUUCUGGCUGUUCCUGCAUCAAACAUGCUUUACAUUAAAGUCAACGUAGAUUAUAACACAAAGAUCUGUGGAUGAAAUCACAACGGCUGCAGAGAAUGCAUUUGAACGGAUUCAUCUCUGACGAAAACCUUGCGAUAGAGUAGAAAUCCUUGGAAAAAGGGCAUUAAGAGGACCUUGAGCCAGGAUAGUUCUCUGAGAAAUGUUCCAAGGUUGAUAUGAAGCUUUGAAGCCAUUAGCAGCUCGAACAUGAUCAUCUGAACGAUGGCCACAAGAUGGCAGCAAUGAUGCAUUCUGACAUUAAAAGAAUAAUAAUUAGGAAGAAAUAAAAGAUAAUUGGGUCUUGUUUAUGGACUAACUCUUGAUUUCAUAUUCUUUUUUUUCUUCCUUCGAGUUGUUUUUUGAUUGACGCCCGGUGUUUGGAAUAGUUUGUGACUUCUUGCAAAGUGUGCUAUGGUUAUCUGUGUCGACUAUGUGUUUAAACGUCUUCAUUGUUUUGUGGAAGCUACGAUCAAAUGAAAUAGUUUUGACUGUAUCUGUAUACUUUGUGUUCUUUCCUGUAGUGUGUCACGUUUUAAAACCCAGGUGAAUGUACUUGUGCCAAAAGAGUCACUUUUCCAUCCUCUGUAGGAACAACAAAGUAGUUGAACUCUUUAUUAUAAAACUGUGUAAAAACAUUACACACCCUUUAGAUACUUUUUCCUUUUAUGCUAAAAACUAUUAUUUAUAACUGCAAAACUUGGAUCUUGGUUGACUCGUUAUACAUACACAUUAGAGCUUUUCACAGUUUCAUACAGACCGUGCUUCAACAGCAGAAAGCCUGCUCUCACACGGUGAUGAUGUAUGAUGAACAUGUGUUGUGAUAUUAAGAUGGAGUUGGUAUUAAAGGGUGGGGGUCCCUUUUUGAAAAGUCUUAGCAUUGCUGUAUGUGUUGUUUUAUCUUUUUGAGCUGAGCUUUCUGUCUGUUUCUGUCUUUACAGUACUCUGUCAUUUUAUUUGUUAUAACAGCUAUGAAGUGACGGAUGAGAAAUAC